AUGGUGUUCGCAUUUUGGAAGGUCUUCCUGAUCCUAAACUGCCUUGCAGUGUGUACCAUUGUCUUUUUUAUUAUUAUCUUUUCAGGUCAAGUUAGUGUGGUGCAAGUGACCAUCCCAAAGAGUGUCGUGAAUGUCACUGUUGGAUCUAAUGUCACUCUCGUCUGCACCUACACCACCACUGUGGCCUCUCGGGACAUGCUUUCCAUCCAGUGGUCAUUCUCUCAUACGAAGGAGUCACAGCCAAUUACCCACAGCUCGUGCCUCAAUACUGAGGGUAUGGAGGAAAAGGCAGUCAGUCAGUGUCUAAAAAUGGCGCAUGCAAGAGACGCUCGGGGAAGAUGUAGCUGGACCUCUCAGAUUUACUAUUCUGAAGGUGGACAAGCUGCAUCCAUUGGGCAAUUUAAAGAUCGAAUUGUACUGUCCAACGAGCCAGAUAACGCAUCGAUCACUAUUUUGUAUAUGCAACCAGCAGAUAGUGGCAACUACAAUUGUGAUGUUAACAACCCCCCUGAUUUUAGUGGCUACAAUCAGGGUACCCUCACAGUCAACGUUUUAGUCAAACCUUCUAAGCCCUUUUGCAGUAUUCAAGGGAUACCAGAAACUGGCCAUCCUGUAUCUCUUUUUUGCCACUCAGUGCUCGGUACACCUUCCCCUGUGUACCACUGGUAUAAACUUGAAGGAAGAAACCUCAUUCCAGUGAAAGAAAGCUUCGACCCAGCCACCGGGAUUUUGGUUAUUGGAAAUCUGACCGAUUUUGAACAAGGUCAUUACCAGUGCACAGCGAUCAACAUCCUUGGCAAUAAUACCUGUGAAAUCGAUCUGACUGCUUCACAUUCAGAAGUUGGAAUCAUUGUUGGAGCCUUGGUAGCGAUCCUAGCGGGAGCUGCCAUUGUCAUCUCUGUGGUGUGCUUUGCAAGAACCAAGGCAAAGGGGAAAGGAAGGAAGAGAAAUUCUAAAACCACCACAGAACUUGAACCAAUGACAAAGGUACACCAAGGUACAGAGUUUGAGACAAUGCCAUCUGAAGACGUUACCCAACUGGAAGCGACUCUGCCAACUUCCUUCUAUGAUGCUGACACUGAUGCCAUCCAUGGGCCAUAUCAUGAGCCUAUUCCCAAGCCUGAGUCUGGCCAGGAGCCUGCCGCAGGAUCUGAACCUGUCCGGGUGCCUGAGCUUGAGAUUCAGCUGGAGCCAGAAGCCGAACAGGAGCCACAGAUGGAGCCGGAACCAGAGCCGGCGUCGGAGCUGGAGCCCGAGAUUGUAGUUGAGCCCUCGUGUGAUGAGGAAAAACAAGCGAAAAAGCCAUAGGCUGGCAGCCUAAAUGCAGUGUUCAUCACUUAGGAACCUAUUACUGGCAUUUAGAAUUUAGCUGACCUACCAAUCUCCCACCACCUCGCUCCAUUCCGACCAAUCCUCUUCUAACAAGGUGCUCCUACCAUCAACCCAAA